AUGGAGAAAGUCUGGUUCAAGCUCCGUCAAACCGAUUAUCCUCCGCCGCCAGAAGAUGCGAUUCUUCGUGGCGAUGGCGACGAUUCGGCCGCACCUCUCUGUUUAGGUCACACCGUUCCGAAUCUCAAGAGCCUAGACUUUCCUCUAAACCAGCACUCGGUUCUAGCAUUUCCCCAUCGCAUGAGAGUAUUCUGCAAUACGACAUUGAACUUUACCUGGGAUGACACCAGAUUAAAGUCGCCGGGCACUAACCUCGCCGCCGGGGCGCCGAUCCUUGCAGCUGCUGGCAUUGCAGCCAAGGCGAGCUUGCAGUUUGCGUUCAUGCGAACUGUACAAAGCUACGAAGCUUAUGAGCGACUGGAAACGUAUAUCGUGCAGCCUACCAAGGGUUAUAUUGAGGAUUGCCUGGCGCAGGAUAACCUGAAAGCUCACAUCAAGGGCAAGGUAGCUUGGUCAAUGUUUCUGAUUACAGGUAUAAAGGUUGCUCGUGCGGGGAAGAGAGAGGCGCAGGAACAGAAAAGUCUUGCAGCUGACAUAGGACCAGAGAUGGAUCUUCCACUGGUCGCAACAAUCAGGGCUACCGCGACUACGCAUCGCAUCGCAUCGCAAAAGACUUCUGGCGAGCAUCCUGGGGACUUUGUCUGGGCCAUCCGAGUUGCCAAGAUAAGCAGAGGCUUCUUGAUGAAGGACUGGACCAUCGCUCCGUAUUCUACGAGAGCUACCUGGAGCACUGCGGCGGAGGACGAGGUGGAUGUCGAAGCUGUCUUGCGCGGAGAAGGACUGGAUAGCUUCAAAGUGGUGGAGGAUGAAGAGCUUGACGAAGCCGUUGUAUUUGACGAAGAUAUGACUGAUUGA